UGAACCAGAGGUGGACCUGUGGAGAGAAGAUCAGCAGCUGCGAGGGAGCCGCUGGCCUGCACGGCACACACAUCAAGAUGAGUUUAGAAAAUGAUGAUAAGAGAGCACGCACGCGAUCCAAGUCUAUCCGAGUGCCCACGGAGCUCAUCGGCCAGGAGGUGAGCUGUCCAACCCCAGGCUGUAACGGCUCAGGACAUAUCCGUGGGAAGUACGCGAGACACAGAAGUUUACAAAGCUGCCCUCUAGCCAAGAAGAGGAAACUUCAGGAUGCUGAGGCCGAACAUCUGGUGUCGAAGAGGAAAUCCCAUCCGCUCAAACUGGCCUUGGAUGAAGGCUACAACGUCGACAGCGACGGCAGUGAGGAGGCCGAGGCCAAGGAGGAGUCCGGCUCCGAUGAGUCAGAGGGGAUGCUGGAGGAGGACGAGGCGGAGGCGAUGGAGCAGGAGGAGACUCGCAGCCCUGAGGCAGCAGAAGGUAGAAGCCCAGCAAAAUCAACCCACUAUGGACAAAACACAGCAACAAGUACAUCUGGGCCCAGCAAGGCCAACUACAGCAGCUACCAAGAAAUAAUCGCCAACUCUCUCCUAAACUUAGGCCAAAUAGCAGAGGAAACCCUUGCCAUCGAAGGGCAGCUGCCCGAAGCGGAGCUGCAGGGCUCCAAGCCGGCGCCCAACGUUGUGCAUUUGGUCCAUGAGGAUGCGGGAGAGGAGUUGGUGGAGGAGGAGUGCGACAAGGAGAUCAUCAUCCAGACGGAGGAUGCAGAGGAGGUCAUCGAGGUCACCAGCGAGCGCAGCAGCGAGUUGUGUCCGGAGCCCCGGGACGACGCCAACGGAGACGAGUCCUGCAAACUGGAAAAGGCUGAAGCAGAAGAAGAGGAUGAGGAGGAUGAUGAUGAGGAGGAUGAUGAGGAGGAGGAAGAGGAGGAAGAGGAUGAGGAGGAGGAGGAGGAAGAGGAAGAAGAGGAGGAGGAAGAGGAGGAGGAGAUGGCUCCUGAAGUGAUCUGCGAGGAAGCUCCUCACACUUCUCAGGACCCCCAGAAAAGCCACUGUGAGGGGCAGUUCAGCCCCAAGCCCGAGUACUCGGUCAUCGUGGAGGUCCGGUCGGAUGACGACAAGGACGACGAUGCCCGCUCCCAGAAAUCAGCCGUGACUGAUGAGUCGGAGAUGUACGACAUGAUGACCAGGGGCAACCUGGGGCUGCUGGAACAAGCCAUUGCCCUGAAAGCCGAGCAGGUGAAAAUCGUGCGGGAGCCCAGCCGGCUGCCAGGAGAGCAUGUGAAGCACUUCCAGGUGGAGGACAAACAGAACAAACCACUGGACAGCAUCCGGAAGAGCUACUAUGGCAAAGAUCCCUCAAGACCCGAGAAGAGAGAAAUCAAAUGUCCAACUCCUGGCUGCGAUGGGACUGGACAUGUCACGGGACUUUACCCUCACCACCGCAGCCUCUCCGGUUGUCCGCACAAAGACAGGAUCCCCCCUGAGAUCCUGGCGAUGCACGAGAACGUGUUGAAAUGCCCCACGCCCGGGUGCACAGGACAGGGUCACGUCAACAGCAACCGCAACACGCACAGGAGUUUAUCUGGGUGCCCCAUUGCUGCUGCUGAAAAAUUAGCCAAAUCACAUGAAAAGCAACAAACCCAGUCUGGUGAUCCUGCGAAGACCAGCUCCAAUUCUGACCGGAUACUCAGGCCUAUGUGCUUUGUGAAGCAACUGGAGAUCCCUCAGUAUGGAAGCUACCGGCCCAACAUGGUCCCAGCAACCCCCCGGGCCAACUUGGCCAAGGAGCUGGAGAAGUACUCCAAGGUCACCUUCGAUUAUGCAAGUUUUGAUGCUCAGGUUUUUGGCAAACGCAUGCUUGCCCCAAAGAUUCAGACUAGCGAAACCUCACCUAAAGCCUUUAAAUGCUUCGACUACUCCCACGACGCUGAGGCUGCGCACAUGGCGGCCACCGCCAUCCUCAACCUCUCCACCCGCUGCUGGGAGAUGCCUGAGAAUCUCAGCACCAAGCAGCAAGAGGCCCCUGGCAAGUCCAUGGACAUUGAGGUGGAUGAAAAUGGGACUCUGGACUUGAGUAUGAACAAACACCGCAAACGGGAGAGCACCUUCCCCAGCAGCAGCAGCUGCAGCAGUAGUCCCAGCAUGAAGUCCCCAGAUGUGUCCCAGCGCCAAAACAGCACCAGUGCCACGAGCAGCACCAUGACCUCCCCCCAGUCCAGCCAGACCUCCCGCCAGGAUGAAUGGGAUGGGCCCAUCGACUACACUAAACCAAACCGCCAGCGGGAAGAGGAGCCAGAGGAGUCAGAGCCUGCUGCUCACUCUUUUGCCUCCUCGGAAGCUGAUGAGCAGGAAGUGUCAGAGGAGAACUUUGAAGAGAGAAAAUACCCAGGUGAAGUUACUUUAACCAACUUCAAGCUGAAAUUCCUCUCCAAGGACAUCAAGAAAGAGCUGCUCACUUGCCCAACCCCAGGCUGUGACGGCAGCGGACACAUAACGGGGAACUAUGCCUCUCACCGCAGCCUUUCUGGUUGUCCUCUUGCUGACAAGAGCCUCAGAAACCUCAUGGCUGCCCACUCUGCUGACCUCAAGUGCCCUACUCCUGGUUGUGAUGGCUCUGGUCACAUAACAGGAAAUUAUGCAUCGCAUAGAAGUCUGUCAGGCUGCCCUCGUGCCAAGAAAAGUGGGAUCAAGAUCACCCCGACAAAGGAUGACAAAGAAGACCCAGAGCUGAUGAAGUGUCCGGUCCCGGGCUGCGUUGGGCUGGGACACAUCAGCGGCAAGUACGCGUCUCACCGGAGCGCCUCGGGGUGUCCUCUGGCAGCCCGCAGGCAGAAGGAAGGAUCUCUCAACGGCUCCUCCUUCUCCUGGAAGUCCUUGAAGAAUGAAGGCCCAACCUGCCCCACCCCAGGCUGUGACGGUUCUGGCCAUGCCAACGGGAGCUUCCUCACUCACAGGAGUUUGUCAGGGUGUCCAAGAGCUACUUUUGCUGGCAAGAAAGGAAAACUCUCAGGGGAUGAAAUUCUCAACACAAAGUUCAAGACCAGCGACGUUCUGGAGAACGAUGAGGAGAUCAAGCAGCUGAACAAGGAGAUCAGUGAGCUGAACGAGUCCAACUCGGAGAUGGAAGCAGCCAUGGUGAAACUCCAGUCCCAGAUCUCCACCAUGGAGAAGAACCUGAAGAACAUUGAGGAGGAAAACAAAAUCAUAGAGGAGCAAAAUGAAGCCCUGUUCCUGGAGCUCUCAGGGUUGAGCCAGGCUCUCAUCCAAAGUCUUGCCAAUAUCCGCCUUCCACACAUGGAGCCAAUUAGUGAGCAGAACUUUGAUGCCUAUGUGAACACUCUGACAGACAUGUACACCAACCAGGAGUGCUACCAAAACCCGGAGAACAAGGACCUGCUGGAGAGCAUCAAGCAAGCCGUCAAGGGCAUCCAGGUGUAG